GCUGGUGGUAGAAAACCUCAUCUAAGGGGAGAGAAGAGACUAAAGUAAACUAUGAAAUCUGGAAUCAUGUUUUCAGAAUAGAGCUCUGAGUUGGAACCAGAUUGCUAACAGAUUCUUAAUUCCUGCCUUCCUGCAUUACUGGUAUUGAUUUCUGACUUUUGAGGAUGGAUGAAAGUACAGAAAUUUCAAGUGAUGGGAAUUCCUUGAUCAAAGCAGUCCAUCAGAGCCGCCUUCGCCUCACGAGACUUUUGUUAGAAGGUGGUGCUUACAUCAAUGAGAGCAAUGAUCGAGGGGAAACACCUCUAAUGAUUGCAUGUAGGACCAAACAUGUUGAUCACCAGAGUGUCAGUAAAGCCAAGAUGGUUAAAUACCUGUUAGAGAACAAUGCUGAUCCCAACAUCCAGGACAAAUCUGGGAAAACGGCACUAAUGCAUGCUUGCUUGGAAAAAGCUGGUCCAGAAGUGGUUUCUUUGCUCCUCAAGAGUGGAGCUGACCUCAGCUUGCAAGACCAUUCUGGUUACUCAGCUCUGAUUUAUGCCAUAAAUGCAGAAGACAGAGAGACCCUGAAUGUUCUCCUUAGUGCUUGCAAGGCGAAAGGGAAAGAGGUCAUCAUCAUAACGACGGCAAAAUCCCCCUCUGGGAGGCAUACUACUCAACAGUACCUAAAUAUGCCUCCUGCAGAUAUUGAUGGGGGUCACUCCCCAGCCACCUGCACUACUCCAUCAGAGAUAGACAUCAAAACAGCCUCGUCGCCACUUUCGCCCUCUUCUGAAACUGACCUGACACUUUUUGGCUUUAAAGAUCGGGAGUCCUCCAGAAGCAGUGACGACACCUGGGACCCAGGCUCCCCUGUAAGGAAACCUGCAAUGGCUUCUAAUGGACCCAAGGUAUCCCAGAACCCAGUCUGGAUCAAGACUCCACCAUCAUUAAAGCACCAAAAUAGAGUGGCCUCUUUGCAAGAAGAGCUCCAAGAUAUUACUCCAGAGGAAGAAUUAUCCUACAAAACCAAUGCACUGGCACUUUCCAAGAGAUUCAUCACUAGACACCAAAGCAUUGAUGUAAAAGACACUGCAUAUUUACUCAGAGCCUUUGAUCAGGCCAACUCAAGGAAGAUGUCAUAUGAUGAAAUAAACUUCCAGUCUUUGUUUCCGGAAGGAAAUCAGCCAUGUAUUGAAAUCCCUGUUGACCAGGAUCCAGAUGAGAACCAGACAGUAUUUGCAUCCACCUUGAAAAGUAUAGUUCAGAAAAGAAACUCUGGUGCUAAUCACUACAGCUCUGAUUCCCAGCUCUCAGAGGGUCUAACCCCUCCAACAGGAGAAGAUGGCAAAACAGUUACAGGAAAGAAAAAAAUCUUCUCACCAUCUCCUUCUCUGUUGUCAGGAUCCAAAGAAUUGUUGGAGAAUAUCCCACCAGCUUCCUUGAGCAGGAGAAAUCAUGCAAUUUUAGAAAGGCGUGGUUCUGGAGCUUUUUCUUUUGAUCAUAGUAUUGUGCAGAACAGACCUGGGUUUCUGCCACCUUUAAAUGUAAAUCCUCACCCUCCCAUUGCAGAUAUCAAUGUCAGCAACAAGAUUUGCAGCCUUCUGUCUUGUGGUCAAAAAGUGCUUAUGCCAACUGUUCCUAUUUUCCCUAAAGAAUACAAAAGCAAAAAAAUGUUGUUAAGGAGACAGUCAUUGCAGACAGAACAAAUUAAGCAAUUAGUAAAUUUUUAAGAGAUGGCUAGAAAACACAAAUGUCUAUAUCAGAAAAACAUAGACUUGGAGAUGAAAUCUAAGUCCCUCUCCUUUUAAGGUCUU